CAUCUCUAUUUCUCUCUCUCUCUCGCUCUCGCAAAAGAAAGAAGUGAGUCGACCCGAAGAAACGAUCUCGCCUUUUCCAUCUCUCUCUCCCCCCCAUUUUCUCUUCGAAUUCCUCGCGAUUUCGCCUCCGAUAAGCGAUCGGAGAGCGAUCGGAAACUUGGUUUAGUCCUUUUUGCCCGGUGAUUUGAUCGACGGGGGAUGGAUUCGAGCGGCGGGGUGGAGUCGCCGGAGACGGGGAGGCCCGCGGCGGUGGUGCUGGACUUUCCGGCGGGGGAGCCGUCGUCGCCGGCGAAGGUGCCGCGGAGGAUCCGGCGGAGGCUUAUGGAGGCGAAGAGCAGUUCCCCGACGAGCGUGGAGGAGAUCGAAGCCAAGCUUAGGGAAGCCGAUCUCCGGAGACAGCAAUUUUAUGACUGGUUGUCUAGUAAAGCAAGGCCUAAGCCAAGGAGCCCUUCAUGGUCAUCUCAAGAGGAAGAUCUCGGCCAGAGACUUGAGGCUAAGCUUAUAGCAGCAGAGCAGAAAAGGUUGAGUCUCUUGGCAAAGGCACAAAAGCGGCUGGCCAAGUUGGAUGAGCUGCGACAAGCUGCUAAGACCGGUGCAGAGAUGCGACUUGAGAAGGAGCGUGAAGCGCUGGGCACGAGAGUCGAAUCUCGAGUCCAACAGGCUAAGGCAAACCGAAUGCGCCUCCUUAAUGCAUACAUGCAAAGAAGGGCCGCCGCCCAUGAGAGAACAGCCAGAUCACUUGUACAGAGGAUAAUCCAAGAGAACAAGUAUAAAGAGUGUGUCCAAUUGGCAAUAUAUCAGAAGCGUACUGCUGCCGAGAAGAAAAGAAUGGGUUUGCUAGAAGCCGAGAGGAAAAGGGCUCAAGCCAGGGUGAUGCAGGCUCGUCGAGUAGCCAAAACAGUAUGCAGUCAGAGAGAAAGUGAGAGGAGGAAAAUGAAAGAGCAGUUAGAAAACCGGCUUCAAAGGAGAAGCUCCCACAAAAGCCACACCAAAGAGGCAAAGAGGCAGAGGGCAGAGUAUCUGAGACAGAGAGGAAGCCCUCGUAGUUAUGCACACAUCAGUUCUAUCAAAGACGGAGAAUUUCUUUCAAAAAAAUUAGCCAGGUGUUGGAGGAGGUUUGUGAAGUCAAGGAGGACUAGUUUUGCCUUGGCUAAAGCCUAUGAAGUGCUGGGGAUUAACGAGGACUCUGUUAAGUCUAUGCCAUUUGAGCAACUAGCUCUCAAAAUUGAAUCACCUACAACACUUCAGACCACAAAAGCAUUGCUUGGUCGGUUAGAGAGCCGAUUUUUACUGUCUCAAUCAUUGAACUCAUCUGGUCCGGAGAAUAUAGACCAUUUGCUCAAGCACCUUGCAUCUCCUAAUAGAAAAAUGCCGUCUGGCAAAUCAUCAAGGACUAAAGGGACAACCAAGAAAGGAGCUCGAGCUGCCGAAUCAAAUAAUAAGCUCUCAAGAUAUUCAGUUAGAGUAGUACUCUGUGCUUACAUGAUACUCAGUCAUCCAAAUGCAGUCUUUAGUGGACAGGGUGACAAAGAAAUCCGAUUGAUGGAAUCAGCUAUAAACUUUGUUCGGGAGUUUGAGUUGUUAGUAAAAAUUAUAUUAGGACCAAAUAACACUAUGGAGAUUCAUCUAGACUCUUCAGCCGGUACUACUUGCCAGAAAUUCAGUGAACAAUUGGUAGCUUUUGAUGCAGCAUGGCGCUCUUAUCUGUACAGAUUUGUGGUGUGGAAGGUGAAAGAUGCAAGGGCUUUAGAGGAUGAUCUUGUGACAGCUGCGUGCAAACUUGAGCUCUCAAUGAUGCAAACAUGCAAGCUGACUCCUGAAGGGCGGUCGUGUGACCUCAGUCAUGACAUGAGGGCUAUUCAGAAACAGGUUACUGAAGACCAAAAACUAUUGAGGGAGAAAGUACAGUACCUGAGUGGCAUUGCUGGGAUUGAGCGAAUGGAAUGUGCUUUAUCUGAUACACGAUCCAAAUUUUUCGAAGCGAAGGAGAGCGGCAGUCCUUUGGCGACUCCUAUUGCUCAUAUAUCAUCUACUUCGGUAUCCAACUCUGCUGAUCAGUCUUCGGCUUCUCUCUCUAAGGAGCAUUAUAGUGCAAACAAUGAAAAGCCCAAAAGUGUGGUCCGUUCUUUAUUUGGAAGUUCAUCUUCACCACCGAAAAACAACACCAAACUGAAGCUUGAUGAUCCUUAUACAAUUGGCAAUCAAGAACCGAAGGAAAAUGAAGUUCUUGUCAAUGAGAUUCUCCACGGAAACCAUGGAGCAUUUGCUAAUUCUCUUGACGUUGGUGGUGCUGAGGAGAAUAUCAUGGCAAAGGUGAAAGAGACUAUGGAGAAGGCUUUCUGGGAUGGAGUUAUAGAUUCCAUGAAAGGAGAUGAACCCGACUAUAGCCGAAUUUUGGGCCUUGUGAAGGAAGUAAGGGAUGAAUUAUGCGAUCUGGCUCCUCAGAGGUGGAGGCAAGAGAUACUGGAUAGUAUCGAUCCUGACAUUCUAUCUCAGGUACUCGAGUCAGGCUACCAGGACUUGGAGUAUCUAGGAAAGAUCUUGGAGUACUCACUCAGCAUUCUUCGGAGAUUAGCUGCUCCCGCAAGUGAAGAUGAUAUGAGGAAAGCUCACGAGAAAUUAUUAAGUGAAUUAUCAGGAAUCUCUCAAUACCAAGAUGAUAAACGAAGUAGCGCUUUCAUUAUAGCAAUUGUCAAGGGUCUCCAAUUUGUUCUGGAGGAGAUACAGAAACUGAAAAAAGAAGUGAGCAAAGCACGCAUACAGAUGCUGGAACCGAUCAUAAAGGGUACUGUUGGCUUGGAGUAUUUACAGAAGGCAUUUGCUGAUCGUUAUGGCCCUCCCUCAAAUGCUCUGGAUUCUCUCCCUCUAACUAAGCAGUGGAUUUCAUCCUUGAGGGACAGUUCAGAAGAGGAGUGGAAUGAACAUGGGGAUUCUCUUUCCGUCCUGUCUACAAGCCAUAAUCAACCUCUUGUUACUACCCUACGAACAGGUGGAGGCAUUCCACAGGGAACGAAACAAGCACUUUCCCAUCCCGAUGCUUCAGGUAAUGGUGAACAACCGGAAUGCAAUGGAGAAAGGAUCGACUUGUUGGUGAGGCUCGGUCUAUUACGACUUGCUAGUGGUAUAGAGGGUGUGACAGUUCAAUCGGUGCCCGAGACUCUUCAGCUCAAUGCUUUAAGACUGAGGUCUGUCCAGAGCCAGCUUCAGCAAAUCAUUGUCAUCUCAACGAGCAUGUUGGUCCUUCGGCAAAUUAUUGUCAGUGAAAACUCCACUCGCCCUCCUUCGGACUUAGAAAGCUCGAUCUCAGAAUUCGCCAAAAACCUCACGGCACUCCUGGAGAGCAAUGCUGAUGUGGGCAUUGAAGAGAUCGUCGAGACCAUGGCGAACUCAUCUAUCUCAUCUUCAGAGACAAAGCUUCAAGGUAGGAAGGAAAUCAUGGCGAGGAUGCUUACGAAAAGCUUGCAGAACGGCGAUGCGGUCUUCACAAAAGUCUCAAGAUCCAUAUACUUAGCGGCACGAGCAAUUCUUCUCGGCGGUAGCGGGUCAAAGGGUCGGAGACUGGCGGAAGGAGUGCUAAGACGUGUUGGGGCUGUUAUGCUUUUGGAUCGAGUGGUUACGGCGUCAGAAGUGCUGAUUAGAAUGGCGACGAUAUCAGGCUUUGUUCAUGGGCCUUGGUAUAAAUGCUUGCUGUGAUUAUUUAGUUUUAUCGCCGUCGCGUAUAUAAAUAAAUAAACAAAUAAGUAUUAGUGGGAAAAGUAGUCUGUGAUCAUGUGGUUGGAAAAAAAAAAUGUAAAGUGUAGAACAUUAACUGUAGAUAACUAUGUACAUGCAUAGUGGUGGUCAUUGAGGUCGUGAUUGUUAUUGUCCUCCUAAGUUAGUUGAGGUCAUUGUUUAUAGUUUAUUAUUGUCCUAAGUUAUUUGUUGUCAUUGUUCACGGUACUUGGAAAUGAUUACUAUUUCUGCAAUUAUGAUCAUCAUUAUUAAUAA